AUGGAUAUUAUUGAUCCGUUAGAAGAAAGUCUUUAUAUUGAGAUUGAAUAUAAUGAAAGUGAAGAACUUGAAUUAAAUAAUUCAGAAAAAAUAGAACAAGAAAUUAGCGAAGAACCGUGUGAACAAAGUCAGAAAGUUGUUACCAUUAACGAGGCUUUUAUCGCUUUAAACAAAUUAAAAGAGUUCUAUAAUCAAGAAGAAUUCUUUAAUAUAGAAAAUCUUGAGUAUAUUGAAAACAUUGGAUCUUCAAUGAUCCAAACUCUAAGAAGAAACAAGUCGAAACUUGCUGAUUUUUUUACAACCUAUGAUGAAAUCACUCAGAGGCCUGCCCCAAAGAGUAGAUGGAGAGAAAACAUUGCCGCAAAAGUAGCCGCAAGGAAAGCCGAGCUGGAAGCGCUGACUGGGCACAUUUUGAAUGUGAGCAAUGGGGUCAAGGGCAAGACUCCCCCCUUGGUGCGUACUUUACUUCGUCGGGAACGAGCUGCCAAAUGGGACCUCAACGAGUUGAGGCGUGUCCGGGCAGAGAGGGAGGAGCUGAUUCUCGUUUAUCAGAAGAAGCUCUCAACUCAUGAGUCUCGGUGUCAGCGCAGGCGGGAGAACAACCUGUUUGAAUUUAAUCGCAGGUCGUUCUAUCGUCGGUUGCACGGAGAGACGAAGGAGGGUACCCAGCAAAAGGCCGAAAUGCUUGACACAUGGGGGAGUAUGUGGAAAGCACGUCCUCGCAAGGGUGUGUCGUUUCCGUUUUGUGGACCCGAUGCUCCCUUGAUGACCGAGUCUUGUGGUGUCCCUGACAUCCGCAAGAAGUUCGAUGAAGCAGUAAACCGUCUCUCUGACUGGAAGACACCUGGGGUCGAUAAAGUGUAUAAUUUCUUUAUUAAAAAUUGCAAACCUAUCCAUGAUUGCAUGUGUCGAGCAAUCGAACAGUUUACACUAGACCCUGGCUCGAUUCCAGAGUGGUUAUGUACUGGGGUCACUUAUUUGAUCCCUAAAGUAGAUAACCCUUCCGCUCCGACAGAUUAUCGUCCGAUAACCUGUAUGCCCAACCUGUACAAGUUGAUGACUAAGGUGGUGGCUACUGAGGUCAGAAAUUUCGUGGAGGUGAAUGGGAUUCUGUCCGAGAACCAGUUAGGUACUCGGCGGGAUUGCCAGGGAGCUAAGGAGCAGGCACUGAUCAACAAAUGUCUCGCGAGAGCCCACGGAAACUCACUAGUGUCAAUGUGGGUGGAUGUGAAGAAGGCAUAUGACUCGGUUGAUCAUGCCUACCUCGUUGAGUGUCUGCGAAGGCUUAAAUUGCCAAUGUGGUUUAUCAAAUUUGUUGCAACUGUGAUGGACAGGUGGAACGUCCAUCUAAAUUACAACAAAUGCGAUAUAGGCGAGGUGAAACUAGAGAGGGGCAUAUUACAGGGCGACAGCAUGUCUCCGCUGCUGUUCGUCCUCUGCCUAGAACCGCUGAGUAGAGUCCUCACUGCCCAAUUCGAACAAAUGUCGAUCGAACAUGGAGGAGGGUGUUUUAGCACCAACCAUCUCAUGUUCAUAGACGACAUUAAGCUGUUCGCUCGGUCUUCAGAGAUCCUUCACUCAAUGGGUAAAGUCCUGAAAGGUUUCAUGAAGGCCGUGGGGUUGGAGCUCAAUUACAACAAGUCGGCGACUAACACCCCUGUUUGUGGUGACCUAGUCAAAGUCUUGGAGGAACACCAAGGAUAUAAGUAUCUUGGUGUGGUUGAGAGUCCAGCCUCAUUAAUCACACCCGAAACGAGAAAGUGUGUAGUGGAGGGUGUGCGUAGUAGGGCGGCAAUGUUAUGUAAGACUCGGCUUAAUGCACGGAACUUAUUUCAUGCCUUGAACGAGUAUUCCAUCUCAUUGCUAAACUACUACGUUGGCCUGAUCGAAUUCGAGCCGAGUGAGUACGAUGAAAUGGACCUUAUUGUCCGAAGAGUACUCCGAGAGAAUCAUGUCCACGUGUUGGCAAGCAAUAAGGAGAGAUUGUACUUGUCUCGCGGGCAGCUAGGACGUGGACUGAGUAACAUCGUACACUUAAGUGAGCGAAUUCUUACUAAGAUGCACGACACCUUGUGGAGUGGGUCGAGUGUUGAAGAUGAUAAUGAUCCGAUUGCAAAAUAUUGCUUAAAACAACUUCAAAAUCCUCUUAUUCAUGUUGCUUUAACUGUCUUAAAUGAAAUUUUGGCUGAAUUAGCAGAUUUGUGA